CAGUCCUUUGCAUGGAAUGUAAACAUGUGCAUUCAGAUUUAUAGUCCAGUGUUCCUCCGUUUCCAUUCUCCUGCUCUCUUUCUUCUUCUGUAUCAGGAUUCCAAAGAUUUCUGAGCCUUAGGUUGACUUCUAUACUUUUACUGUUUUUAUUGCCUUUUGGAAUUUCUUAGUCCUAUGGUUCCUGUUUGCUUUUAGGAUGAGGUUCCAGUUUAUCCCCACAUUUGCCCCACUGACAAAUGCCCUUUAAAAUAUUUCUGAAUUAGUGUUGCUGUUUAAAGUAUUUAAUCCUGUGCCUUCAGGUGCCCAGUGAGAAUAAAUUUGUCCUCUGUGAUGUCUCCUUGCCUUGAGUAACUUUUUCUACUGCAGUGGAAGCAGAAUGUUUCAUUUUCUAUCAACAAUUUUCCCUCAGUACUGGGACCUGACCUUGCUUCUUCUAAUGUUUGCCUACCGUGUUCAUGCAGAUUUUGUUAGGUUAAAUGUUCAACCUACUUAUUAAGUUGGGUCCAGUGUGAUCUCUUCCUAGGAAAUGGCUUAAUAUUGUUUAUUUUAUCAGAAUGUCGUUUUGCAUGUUAUCUUUUUGUGUGCUAUUUCUGCUUUGAUGUUGAGGACUGAACCUUGUUUUUUAAAGCUGAUUUAAUUUUUUUCUUGAGUGUUGAUAUUUUUCCUUCUAAAGCUUCUGCUCUAGUUUCCUAUUCAUUGACCAAAUUUUUUUUGUUUGUUUUUGAGCUGCAGUCUCACUCCUGUCGUGCAGGCCAGAGUGCAGUGGCGUGAUCGCGGGUCACUGCAACCUCCACCUCCUGGAUUCAAGCGAUUCUCCUUCCUCAGCCUCCCUAGCAGCUGGGAUUACAGGUUCUUUUUCUAAUUCCAAAUAAACUUGCAAGAGGACUAUGAAAGAUUAUGAUGAACUUCUCAAAUAUUAUGAAUUACAUGAAACUAUUGGGACAGGUGGCUUUGCAAAGGUCAAACUUGCCUGCCAUAUCCUUACUGGAGAGACGGUAGCUAUAAAAAUCAUGGAUAAAAACACACUAGGGAGUGAUUUGCCCCGGAUCAAAACGGAGAUUGAGGCCUUGAAGAACCUGAGACAUCAGCAUAUAUGUCAACUCUACCAUGUGCUAGAGACAGCCAACAAAAUAUUCAUGGUUCUUGAGUACUGCCCUGGAGGAGAGCUGUUUGACUAUAUAAUUUCCCAGGAUCGCCUGUCAGAAGAGGAGACCCGGGUUGUCUUCCGUCAGAUAGUAUCUGCUGUUGCUUACGUGCACAGCCAGGGCUACGCUCACAGGGACCUCAAGCCAGAAAAUUUGCUGUUUGAUGAAUAUCAUAAAUUAAAGCUGAUUGACUUUGGUCUCUGUGCAAAACCCAAGGGUAACAAGGAUUACCAUCUACAGACAUGCUGUGGGAGUCUGGCUUAUGCAGCACCUGAGUUAAUACAAGGCAAAUCAUAUCUUGGAUCAGAGGCAGAUGUUUGGAGCAUGGGCAUACUGUUAUAUGUUCUUAUGUGUGGAUUUCUACCAUUUGAUGAUGAUAAUGUAAUGGCUUUAUACAAGAAGAUUAUGAGAGGAAAAUAUGAUGUUCCCAAGUGGCUCUCUCCCAGUAGCAUUCUGCUUCUUCAACAAAUGCUGCAGGUGGACCCAAAGAAACGGAUUUCUAUGAAAAAUCUAUUGAACCAUCCCUGGAUCAUGCAAGAUUACAACUAUCCUGUUGAGUGGCAAAGCAAGAAUCCUUUUAUUCACCUUGAUGAUGAUUGCGUAACAGAACUUUCUGUACAUCACAGAAACAACAGGCAAACGAUGGAGGAUUUAAUUUCACUGUGGCAGUAUGAUCACCUCACGGCUACCUAUCUUCUGCUUCUAGCCAAGAAGGCUCGGGGAAAACCAGUUCAUUUAAGGCUUUCUUCUUUCUCCUGUGGACAAGCCAGUGCUACCCCAUUCACAGACAUCAAGUCAAAUAACUGGAGUCUGGAAGAUGUGACCGCAAGUGAUAAAAAUUAUGUGGCGGGAUUAAUAGACUAUGAUUGGUGUGAAGAUGAUUUAUCAACAGGUGCUGCUACUCCCCGAACAUCACAGUUUACCAAGUACUGGACAGAAUCAAAUGGGGUAGAAUCUAAAUCAUUAACUCCAGCCUUAUGCAGAACACCUGCAAAUAAAUUAAAGAACAAAGAAAAUGUUUAUACUCCUAAGUCUGCUGUAAAGAAUGAAGAGUACUUUAUGUUUCCUGAGCCAAAGACUCCAGUUAAUAAGAACCAGCAUAAGAGAGAAAUACUCACUAUGCCAAAUCGUUACACUACACCCUCAAAAGCUAGAAACCAGUGCCUGAAAGAAACUCCAAUUAAAAUACCAGUAAAUUCAACAGGAACAGACAAGUUAAUGACAGGUGUCAUUAGCCCUGAGAGGCGGUGCCGCUCAGUGGAAUUGGAUCUCAACCAAGCACAUAUGGAGGAGACUCCAAAAAGAAAGGGAGCCAAAGUGUUUGGGAGCCUUGAAAGGGGGUUGGAUAAGGUUAUCACUGUGCUCACCAGGAGCAAAAGGAAGGGUUCUGCCAGAGAUGGGCCCAGAAGACUAAAGCUUCACUAUAAUGUGACUACAACUAGAUUAGUGAAUCCAGAUCAACUGUUGAAUGAAAUAAUGUCUAUUCUUCCAAAGAAGCAUGUUGACUUUGUACAAAAGGGUUAUACACUGAAGUGUCAAACACAGUCAGAUUUUGGGAAAGUGACAAUGCAAUUUGAAUUAGAAGUGUGCCAGCUUCAAAAACCCGAUGUGGUGGGUAUCAGGAGGCAGCGGCUUAAGGGCGAUGCCUGGGUUUACAAAAGAUUAGUGGAAGACAUCCUGUCUAGCUGCAAGGUAUAAUUGAUGGAUUCUUCCAUCCUGCUGGAUGAGUGUGGGUGUGAUACAGCCUACAUAAAGACCGUUAUGAUCACUUUGAUUUUAAAGUUCAUUGGAACUACCAACUUGUUUCUAAAGAGCUAUCUUAAGACCAAUAUCUCUUUGUUUUUAAACAAAAGAUAUUAUUUUGUGUAUGAAUCUAAAUCAAGCCCAUCUGUCAUUAUCUGUUACUGUCUUUUUUAAUCAUGUGGUUUUGUAUAUUAAUAAUUGUUGACUUUCUUAGAUUCACUUCCAUAUGUGAAUGUAAGCUCUUAACUAUGUCUCUUUGUAAUGUGUAAUUUCUUUCUGAAAUAAAACCAUUUGUGAAUAUA